AUGCCUUCACGUCCGUGGACCGUCUUGCAUGCUGAUCUAUGUGGUCCUUUCCCUAGUGGUGAGUCGCUUCUGGUUUUAGUUGAUUCAUGUUCUCGAUGGCCAGAAGUUUUCAUUUUAAAGAGCACAACUGCAGCAGUCAUCAUCAAUCGCAUGAAAUCGUGCUUCGCUGUGCAUGGUCUCCCAGAAGCAAUCGUUACAGACAAUGGACCUCAAUUUGUGGCUGAAGAGUUUGAUUUGUAUCUUCGAGAGCACGGCAUCACACACCGUCGAGUAACACCUUAUUGGCCACAAGCCAAUUCCGAAGCCGAACGGUUUAACCGCACACUCGAGAAGGCCAUUCGCGCUGCAAAUAUUGAAGGAAAAGAUUGGAAAAGCGAGCUCAACACCUUCCUACUCAAUUACCGAGCAACAGCUCAUUGCACUACUGGCAAAUCACCCGCUGUUCUCUUGUUUGGUCGAGAGAUACGCACCAAGCUCCCGUCGUUGAACACUAGCCGUUCGCCAGCUUCAACGUCACCUGUUGUCGACCCCGCCAUUCUAGAGCGUGAUCGUUGUCAGAAAGCAAAGAUGAAGAAGUAUGCGGAUGAGAAAAGACGUGCAGCACCUUCCAACAUAAAGAGGGGUGACAAAGUUCUUUUGAAGCAAGAACGAAAGAAUAAAUUAUCCACAAAAUAUGACCCAGACCCAUAUAUAGUGGUAGGAACGAAAGGCACAAGUUUUCUUCUAAAGAGACGAGCUGAGCCCGAGAUAAUGAGGAAUUCGUCAGCAGUUCGCAAAUUGCCGCCGGAGGGAACAGAUAAUCAUCCACACGAAGCCAAACGGAAACCAGACCAAGUGGUUGAUACAACAACAAAGCCUAGACCCCAGCGACAGCGAAAACCUCCUGAAUAUCUUGGACAUGAAAAGUGA